CAUCUCCUCGUGGGUUUUAAAUUCACCGGGGAAUCCAUCAAGCAGACAGUGGCUUCUGCCUGUUGCCCCUUGUCCUUGUUCUCUCGGAUCUCAAAGGCGUUGCUUGGCAGGGUGGAAAGGAUGAGUAAAGAAGAAGACAGCAAGUUCCUCAAAAUACAGGCAUGCGUACUGAAGGUGAACAUAUGUUGUGACGGAUGCCAGAAGAAAGUGAAGAAAGUGCUUCAUAAGAUCGAUGGGGUCUACACUACCACUAUAGAUGCGGAGGAGAGGAAGGUGAUCGUCACUGGGAAUGUGGAUCCUGCCAUCCUGAUCAAAAAGCUUAGCAAGGUUGGCAAACAUGCGGAGCUGUGGCCUACAAAGGGUGGAAACCAGCAGAACCUCGCCAACCAGCUCCAAAAGCUCCAGUUCGAGCAAGCCAAAGGACAACAGAAGGAGAAUGGAAAGACCAAAAAAGGUGGUGGCGGUGGUGGUGGUGGUGGAGGAGGAGGAGGAGGCAAGGACCACAAGUGGCAGCAGCCACAGCCGCAGCAGCAACAGGCAAAAGGGUUCAAAGAUCUCAAGUUUCCAAAUCUCAAGGACCUGAAGUUGCCGUUCAAGAAGGAGAGCAAAACUGUCAAGUUCGACCUUCCUCCCGAGGAAGAGAUUGAUGAUGAAGGUGACUACAGUGAUGACUACGAUGAGUUCGACGACGAGGACUUGGACGACCUGGAUGGGUUCGAUGAUGAGGACAUGUACGAUGACCCCAAGAUGAUGAAGCCCAUGAACUUCCAACCGAUUGGAAAUGGUACGGGAAAAGAUAAGAAAGGCAAUGGUCAUGGUGGUGGUGGUGGUGGUGGUAAGGGAGGAGAGGUUCAAGUACCAAACAAGGCUGUGGGUGGUGGCAGCAACAUCAAUGGUGGGGGAGGGAAAACAGGUGGUGGCGGUGGUGGUAAGAAUGGUGAUGGGGCCCAUGACAGCAAGAAUGGAGGGGGAAAUAAAAACAAGGGUGGCAAUGGCACUGCCGGGAAUCAUGCUAAUCAUGGCAAUCCAUCCCAUGGGGGCAAUAAGGGUGGUGGUGGUGGUGGUGGUGGGAGCAAUAAUGGUGCGGGAGGAGGGGGGGGCCUUCCAAUGGGCCAACCUAACAUGAUGGGUCCGAUGGGUCACACGCAACCAGCCAUGGGUCACAUGGGGAGUUUUCCGGCUGUCCAAGGCCGUCCGGUUGGAGACGGCGCACCGCCCGGCUACUUCCAGGGUGGGAUGGUGCCGCCGGAGAUGAUGAUGGCAGGCGCAAAUCCAUACCAGCAACAGUACCUGCAAGCACUGAUGCAGCAGCAGAGGAUGAUGAUGAUGAACGGCCAAGACCGUCCUGCAUUCCCUCCCAUGGGCUACGGCUACGGUCGGCCGGUGUACGUGCCACCGCCUCCUCCCCCUGGGGAGCCAUGCACCAUCUUCAGCGACGAGAAUCCCAACGGUUGCUCCGUAAUGUGAUGGCCGCAAAGUGAGCUCGAUAGUGUCUUCGUUUCUUUGAGAGUGUUAAGCGAAGGGCAGCACUGAAGAGGGUGGGCCGUUCCUCUUCUCUAUCCUCCUCAUCUCCCACCUUCACCCAAAUAUGGUUUUCUUUUCUGGGAUUUGGGUAUAGUUUUAAGCUAAUGUGUGGUUAUUACUGCGGGUUUUAGCAAUAUAUAGUUGGGGGAGGGGGGGGGGUUUCUUUCUCUCAUGGUUCUACAAGGUGAUGAUGUAGAACAAACAAUACAUGAUGAUAAAUGCGUAUAAGAUGGAAAAGGGUGUGUGUGAUGAUAGUACGUACUACUGAAA